AUGGAAAACUUCAAUCCAGAUGACAAGGUUCAGUUUGUUAUUGAUGCUUUGUAUGCCAUUGCUCAUGGAUUACAGGCUCCCCUUUGCAAUAUUUUGUUAGUGUCAAUAAAAUGCAGUGGAGAAAACAUUCCGAUUCAGCUCAGAAGGCGAUGGACUUGCGCACUAUGCAGUUUUAAAUUGUCACCAGAAAAUGGUCGUAGAAGGUAUUCAAUAGUACCUACCUUAUUUGCUGUCAUUGGUAUUUGUUCAACAGUUGCUGUGAUUGUCUUAUAUUCGAGGAAUCACGACACAGCGGUGGCAAAAGCGUCAGGACGUGAGCUUAGUUAUGUUAUACUGGUAACAAUGAUUAUGUGCUAUGCAAUGACUUUUGUACUUAUCUUUAAGCCAACCAUUUUCAACUGUGCUCUUAAAAGGACAUGUGUUGGAUUUGCUUUCUCAUGUUUAUACGCAUCUCUUCUAGUUAAAACCAAACGGGGUAGCCCGAAUUUUUUUCACAUCGUUCAGUACCACAACCAGUAUGCAUUUCGCCUGUAUCACAGGGUUUCCUUGGAGGAAGAUAAGGCUAAUAAAUGUUGGAAUACUGAGGAAAAAGCAAAUGAACAAAAUGUAAAAACAAUGCUCGUGUUGGUCGCCCGGAGACGGAUGGUCUGA